GCCCAACGCCCCUCCCCUGUACACACCACACCCUCUAUCGCCCUCAUCCAUCCAUCCAUCCAUCCUACGGCCAUGACAGCAGGCCAGGCCAUCAAUACCAUCACUCGCUCCGAUCAGACCGUCCGCUCCUUGUGCUGCUGCUGUCCUGCCGGCCCCCGCUCCUUGGCCGCCUUGAGGGCCGCCGCCUCCCUCCGCAGCUCCAGGACAAUCCGAGCGAGUGCCUCCGGGUUGACGCCCUGCUCGCACAGGCACACCAGGAUGGUCAGCUCGUCCCGGCUCAGCCCAGUGUUGAGCAGAGUCGCCAUCUCGUGCAGAAUGUCCAUCACCUCGUCCGUAUCACGGCUGGCCGAAUCUGACAUGAUCUUUCCGCCGGAGUUGGAUGGGUAAACACGGAACACUCGUGCUGGUGAGGGGUGUAGGAGGAUCCAAUGCUCUCC